AUGCCGGGUAGAACCGUCGAGAAAGAAUAUGAGCGUCGAAUUGCUGUAAUCAAUGUAGUAAUUGCGGUCUGUGAUGCAGAAGAGGGUGCCCCCUCGCGGCCUCGGGCCCCGCAAAAACGCACCGCCGUUGCUGCCGAUAUACCACCUGUUGCCCCCCUACCUAAGAGGGAGAAGUCUAUCCCACUAGAUGAGACGAUCGCUUCUGUUUACGUCAAAUGUCCUAGAGAGAGACCAACAAUCUGCUUUAUUUGUCUUGGUAAUACAAGACUGCUAGAACGUGAACGCCUGAAAAUGUACAAGAACCCCGGGUCCCUCAGCCGACACUUCGUCAACAAACAUAUCAAGCCGUUCCCAAAUGACAUGCACUGUGAGUGCAACAUUUGUGGCGAAAAGCUGAUGUCAAAAUCGGCACUCCUGAACCAUGCGCAAAGAAUGCAUAGAACUGUCUCCUGCCUACCUUUACCAGCUCUUGGCCUACCUCUCCCUUGA